AUGAACGACCUCCGCCACCCUCCGAACAAAGUUCCCGAAUCUCUCUACAUCGUCCACGAUCCCUCCAAUGAUCAAGUCGCCGAAGGAAAGUCUUCCAAAUCGCAGGAGUCCCGCACUCCAUGGGAGAUAGGUUUCCGCCCUUACGAUAUCCUAAGUCUUAGCCGCAAUACUGCGAGCAGUUUUCUCCCUCUUCAUUAUGGUGCCGCGAACAGACCUCGGAGAAAUCCUCCUAGUAUUUAUGUCACUGCGACCGAUGACAUCGAAGCUGCGAAGAACGAGGUCAUUACAGGCGAGGAUGAUUUAGUGAUGUACAGGUUAGACGGCAGAUGUGAAGAAAUGAGAAAGUGUGCUGUUUUCAAAGCGUCAGAUUGGUUGCGCGCUUUGGAGAUGUGGGAUGGAGACGAGAAUGAAGACGAAGAUGAGAGGUUUGCGAGACAGAAAAGAGUGGGCUCAGAGUGGUUGAUUUGGCCAAGUGUACCAAAAGAGGCGGUCACUAGAAUGUCGACAAGAGAUGAUAUCCUCGAAGAUGAUGGAGAAGAGGAAGAUCAUCCGAUCCAGAAACGUGCGCCCGGCAAAAAACAUCAAAAUGCUACUGCAGGUCCAAGCAGAAGUCAAAAUGCAGCUGCCAACAAGGGCAAAGAAAAAGCACCAGCGCCUUUGGGUAGUUACAAGGGACUCAUGCGCAAAGAUUCAAAAGCAGACGGCACACCUCUGUUCAUGGUGGCAUUUUCUCCAAAUAAUGAAUUCCCAUUCUCGACCAUCUACAUUCUCGAGGAGCAAGAUGAUGGCCCACAGUGCCUUAUUCAUUGGGGCCCCGGAAUAGAACCCAGCUGGGUUGCCAUCCAAAAUGUUGAUGCGAGGGCUGUGAAGAACUACUGGCAACACAACACCAAGGGCCAUGGAAAAGAAAAGCCAAAGAAGGAAUACGAAAUCUUGUUCGAAGAUCAGCAAAAUAAAGAGACAAAGUUGGAUAGCAAGUUCUUGGUCAAGUGGGCUGAUUCCGAGAAUUUGACCUGGCAAACUUAUGAUAGUAGUCCUGGUGUUACAAGACAUGCUGUCAAUCAGUUCCGAGCGAAGACGGAGAGUUGGCAGAGAUAUCAGUAUAAGUGA